ACGUUAUACUUAUACAAUACAUGCGCUUCUCAGUCGUACGUUCGCCAGGUGUCUAUAUAGCGCAUAGAUUACUCCUAACUGCAACUUGCAGAGCAAAGGGCUUGUGAACACUAGAACCGUUACGACAUUUUGGCGGUAAACGGUUUCAACUCGCAUACAAGCUUGCUCCAUAUUUGUUCUCAGACAUCUGUUAUUUUUAUCGUAAUCGACUAUAAAUAAACAAAAACAUGCCACCAAAGAAAACCAUUGCGGCAAUGAAAAGACCAGCGCCAGUUAGUCAGGAUGAACAAGAUGAUAAACCAGCCGUCAAAAAAACCAGAGGUAGACCUGCUAAAAGUGAGAAAAAGAAUGGAGUUAUCGAAGUUGACGAAUCACAAGCGAGGGUAAUUUUACGAGAAAUAACAACUGGUGGCAAGGUACUAACAUGUGGUCAAGGAGAUGUUGGACAACUUGGUUUAGGAGAAGAUGUUAUGGAAAAAACUCGUUUUGCUGCUGUGCCAGAUCACACAAAUAUUGUAGCCAUUGCUGCUGGUGGAAUGCACAAUGUAUGCUUAACUAAAGAUGGAAAAGUUAUUACAUUUGGUUGUAAUGAUGAAGGUGCACUUGGAAGAGCUACAACUGAAGAAGGCUCAGAAACAGUUCCUGGGUUUGUUGAUUUACCAGCAUCUGUUAUUCAAGUAACAGCAGGUGAUUCACACAGUGCAGCUCUCUUAGAAGAUGGACGUGUAUUUGUGUGGGGCUCAUUUAGAGAUUCACAUGGAACCAUGGGAUUAUUGACUAAAAAUAAUGAACGAAUCCCGGUUGAAAUUUCAGCAAAGAAAAAAUUUAUUAAAAUAGCUUCAGGAGCUGAUCAUUUGGUGUUGUUAGAUAGUGCUAAACAAGUUUUUACAUGUGGUUGUGGAGAGCAAGGUCAACUUGGUCGUCUACCUGAAAGGAAGACUGAUAGACAUAGCAGACAAGGUGUGAAUCAAUUGCUUACACCUGGUCAAGUCUAUUUUAAAAUAAACAAACACGUUGAAGUUGAAAAUAUUUGGGCUGGUACUUAUGCAACUUUCAUAAAAGAUUCUCAUAAUGGAGAUAUAUAUGUAUUUGGAUUAAACAAUUAUAGCCAAAUAGGUCUUAAAGGUGUUGAUAAACAAUAUCACCCCAAAGUUUCUCAAGUAUUAAGCAACAAAAAUUGGACUCAAAUAUGUUCCGCUCAGCACCAUACCAUUGCUCUAGAUGACCAGGGUAAAGUGUAUGUUUUAGGUCGAAAAGAAUAUGGACGAUUAGGUCUUGGCCCUGUUGAAGAAGAUGCUACAAACCUGACUAUUGUACCUUCUUUAGAACAAGUAAAAUGUAUUGAUGUUGCAGUAGGAAGUGCUCAAUCUUUUGCAGUGACAGAAGCAGGAAAACUAUAUGCAUGGGGUAUGGGUACUAGUGGUCAACUUGGUACAGGGGAAGAAGAAGAUGUUGACACACCAACUUUAAUAGAAUCAAAACAAUUGAAGGAUUUAAAAAUUGUACGAGUUUCAGGUGGAGGUCAACACACAAUAGUUCUGGGAUUAUCAAAUACUGCAAAUGGUGAAACUGUUAAAUAAUAUGCCAUUAAAUUGGAUUUGUAGCAAAAAAAUUCAAUUAGAUCACCUUUUUUUGACUAGAGGUUUCAUUCGAGUACAGGACUUAAUAUUUCCAAUAAUUGUGACAAUUUUUGUAAAAAAGUCAAAGCUCUAAUUUUGUUUAAAAAAAAACUAAUCAUUUAAAACAGUUUUUGUAUGUAACGUUUUAAAACUUUUUAUUUGAUGAUAUGAGUUUAAAAAAAAUUAGGGCGUUAUACAUUGCACUGUGCCUUAUUAACAUAAUUUUUUGUUCUUUUAUAUUGAAUAUAACUAAAUUAACGUCCUUCUUCCAAUGAAUUUUUAAAAGAAAUAUCAACAUUUUUCUAAUAUAACUUUAAAAUCGAUUAAUUUUAUAAAAUUCAAAAACAAUAUCAUUCUGCCUUUUUGUUUCAAGUGAAAAAUGUGUAUGUCAAGAGUUUCUAUCAAGUUAGAUAUUGUAUAAAAAUGUUUCUGUAAUUUUAUCAUAACGUAUUUUGUUAUAAUAUAUGCAGUAAAUUGUCUACUGUAAUAUUUUCUUGUUUGUUUACAAAUCAAUUGUUCUUUGUGAGUUAUUUCAUGUGUGUUAUACUAGGAAAAUCAUUAAAAAAAUAACAAUUUUGUUAUAUAUUUAUGG